AUGGCAUCAAAGAUUCCUCAGUUACAAUCAAAGAUGACUCAAGCAUCCGCAGCAGCGGCAAACCAUGGAGCUUCCUAUUACAAGUUGUUGAUGGAGCAAAACAAACACUAUAUUCAAGAACCACCUACGGUUGAAAAGUGUCAUUCAUUGGCCAAACAAUUGUUCUAUACUCGACUUGCAAGUAUUCCUCAUCGAUACAAUGCAUUUUGGAAGGAAUUGGAGUAUGCUAAGAACAUAAUGAAGCACAGGCAAGAUCUUAACAUGGAUAGUGUUUGCUAUGCUGCAUUGUUUGGACUUGAGUGUUUUGCAUGGUUUUGUGGUGGUGAGAUUAUUGGCAGAGGAUUUACAUUCACCGGUUACCAUGUUUAA